UGCGUCAGCUGUCAAGCCAUACACACGCACACUACCGUACUGUCUCUAAGCAAGAUUUGUUUGGACAACGAAUGAAUCUGAAAUUCCACAGAGACGGAAACACUCAAAGUAUGGUGAAUGUAAUAACGAGCAGGACCAAAGUGAAUCGGUGACAGUAGACUGGUUUGACACAGGUUUAUAUUAGUUUCAGAAGGAGAAAGGGGGGGUGAAAAGGUUUUCCGGUUGAAGCGUUGCAGACUAGCUAACGUUAAGCUAGCCUCGGGAGUUCUCCAACCGGCUUCAUUAGCUUAGCUAGCCAGCAAGCUAACACUAACAAGCUGUUGUAGCUGCGUCGCACUCAAGGAAAGCAGUGGCAGCUUGUUUGGAGGUCUUUAAUUUGGUUGAAAUUUAAUUUUAGCACCGACUAGUAUGAUGUCUUGUGGUAGCUGUUGCGAAGUAGUGAGAGCUUUGUUAAGGUGAAUUGUCAGACGAGGGGUAACGUUAGUGAGGUUGGGUUGCUCAAAUAGUUAUGAGCAGUUUCAACAUAAACGUUACAAACAAAAUCUCUUUGAACACCGGCGGUAAAGGUUCAGCGGUCAGCGUCGACGCCGCCAACAACAACAAGGAGUGGAAAUUGGGAAACGAUGUGUUUCCGUGCUGUCACGAGAUGAGUCCCAUGGACGAUACGGUGCAGGCAGGGAUGUCCUCAGUCCAGUCGGGACUGGACGGACACCUGCCGCUUCUACACGCUAGUCAUCACGGCACGCAGGACGGGUUGUUGUUGGACCUGGGCUCCCCGACAGCCUACCUCGACAGCAGCCCCCUGGAGUACAGCGACAAUGACGGACACAACGCUGGUCCGUUGUUCGAGAGGAGGAAGAGGUCAAGGUCCAACAGCUCCAGACACCGCUACAAUGAGGUGGUCACGGAGCUCGGUCCGGAGGAGGUGCGUUGGUUUUACAAAGAGGACAAGAAAACUUGGAAGCCCUUUGUCGGGCAUGACUCACUUAAGAUUGAGCGUAUGUUUCGGAAAUACUGUGAGCUGAACCCCGGUGUAGCGGGCUCACAGGCCAGCAGUGGGGAGGAAGAGUGCGGUAAUAACGGUGUGGAGAGUAAAGGGCUGAACGGUGCAGUGCCGGUGGAGACAAGGACCAGCAGUGUGCACGGAGACCUUGGGUCCCCGGACACAUCCACCGUGUCCUUGGAUGAGAAGGACCCUGACAGCAUUGAGAUGAACGUAGAGCCUGUUUGUGUCCGUGGAGGACUCUAUGAGGUGGAUAUUAAAGAGAGGGAAUGCAAACCUGUUUACUGGAAGCAACAAGACCAUAUUCCAGUCAUGAGAGGCCAGUGGUUUAUUGAUGGUACCUGGCUCCCGUUAGAGGAAGAGGAAAGUGACCUCAUCGAGCAUGAGCACCUGAACCAUUUCCGUGGGCAACAAAUGCAGGACACCUUCGAGACGGACUUGGUGGUCAGGACUGUUGAUAGCAAAGAUGCCAUCCAUAGUCUGAAGCUGAGUCGGACCCAUGUGGAUUGGCACAGCGUCGAUGAAGUAUACCUCUACAGCGAUGCCACCACUUCCAAAAUUGCACGCACCGUCACCCAGAAACUGGGCUUCUCCAAAGCCUCCAGCAGUGGAACACGGCUCCAUCGGGGUUAUGUUGAGGAGGCCUCACCUGAGGACAGACCCCCUCAGACUACACACAUAGUCUUUGUGGUCCAUGGAAUUGGACAGAAGAUGGACCAGGGGCGCAUUAUUAAAAACACUGGAAUGCUGAGGGAGGGCGUGAGAAAGAUGGAGGAGAAGCACUUUUCAGAGCACAAUGACGAGCAUGUGGAGUUCUUGCCUGUUGAAUGGCGAUCUAAACUUGCUCUGGAUGGAGAUACGGUAGACUCAAUAACACCAGACAAGGUGAGAGGACUGAGAGAUCUACUCAACAGCAGUGCCAUGGACAUCAUGUACUACAACAGCCCCCUUUACCGGGAUGAGAUUACCAAGGGCCUCACACAGGAGCUAAACAGACUGUACACACUUUUCUGCUCCCGGAACCCUGAGUUUGAGGAGAGGGGAGGCAAAGUGUCCAUUGUGUCCCACUCCCUCGGCUGCGUCAUCACCUAUGACAUCAUGACAGGAUGGGAUCCUGUGCGCUUCUGUCAGCAGGAGCACCACACCGUGGAAGAGGAGCUGGACAUGCGUUGGAUGUCCUAUGAGGAGAGACACAUUUUAGAGCAGUUACGGCAAACAAGGAACAGGUUACAAGAGCUGGAAAAUCAACUCCUCACACUGGAGGCCUCUAAACCCUUAGCACCCCCAGCCCUCAAAUUUAAGGUGGAAAACUUCUUCUGCAUGGGUUCUCCUCUGGCGGUGUUCUUAGCCCUGCGAGGGAUCCGCCCUGGUACCAGCUGCCACCAGGACCACAUCCUGCCCACCUCCAUCUGCAGCAGGCUCUUCAAUGUCUUCCAUCCCACAGACCCUGUGGCCUACAGACUGGAGCCCCUUAUCCUCAAACAUUAUAGCAAUAUCGCUCCUGUUCAGAUACACUGGUUUAGCGCCACUAACCCCACAUCCUAUGAGGAGGUCCGACCUACCUUCCUGACCCCAGUCAGAGACCCAGCAUCUGACACUGAGAGCAUCCCUAGCCCGAGCACUUCUCCUGUCCUCGCCCGUCGGCACUAUGGAGAGUCCAUCACCAGUCUGGGCAAGGCUAGCAUACUGGGAGCGGCGAGCAUAGGGAAGGGCAUCGGAGGCAUCUUCUUCUCACGUUUCUCCCGCUCUAACAGCCAGCCCUCAGUGUCUUUAGGACUUGAGGGAGGGACAAACACUGAAGAAGAGGAGCAGAAGCGGUCAGAAAGCCAGUCAGCAUAUGGCCUCUCCACCAUGACUCGACCGACCUCACCCACAGCUGACACAUUGGAGCUGGAGCGGCGCAUCGACUUUGAGCUCCGAGAGGGUCUGGUGGAGAGCCGCUACUGGUCAGCAGUGACCUCUCACACGGGAUACUGGUGCUCACAUGACAUAGCACUCUUCCUGUUGACCUUCAUAUACAAGCAGAAGACCACACCCGCUGACCCAGCAGAAGAUACUCCGGAGCCAGACUGAGUCAGCACAUUCAUUACAACACAUAAACACUUGAAUAGUGUCUUCUAACCUUGAAAGGUUGUGUCAUCUUCUUGACAAGACACAAAAAUAAACUUCAUUCAUUUAUUUUUCAUGCACACAAACUGCUCAAAUACACUAAUCACCAUUUUUCCUACAUCUCCCUAUGAUCAAGCUCUUUUAACUCUGGGAAUCAUUACAGACAAACUAAUUCCAAAACGUGCGUUUUUGUCUCUUGUGUAGUUUCUACACAAUUGCACACCCUAAGGGUGACAGUGUUGGACUAGGAACCCCUAAGGAGGUGCACCAUUUGCCAGUAUGACCACAAGCUACAUUUAAACAUUGAAUAUGAGACUAAUGAGUUUGAUGUAUUGAGGCAUAGGUGUUUGUUGUUCCCAGAGGAAGAGAGGUCUAACUUCAUUUCCAAGUCUUCAACCUUAAAGUGUCCAUACAUUUCCCGUUAAUCAGUGCUUAAAUCCAGCCUCUCUCCCACAGACUCAUUCUGGAGCCUUGUGACACACUUGCCUGACCCUCUGUUACUGUGCUUGUGCUUUUUAACUUUUUUCUUUGACUUGACAUGAAGAAGAGAGAAAUAUAAUUGUUAAAAAUAGUGGUUUAUCUUUAAAAUAAACAUUUAGCAACUACAACAAUGCCUUUCAAAAUUAGCCAAAUAAUAUUGUUCAUGCAGAAUAUUUCUUUUAGUUUUUCCAAACAAAACCCAAGGGCAUUAACCCUUUAAUAAUGGUUUGAAAGUAUGGACAAAGAUAUAACAAAUACGCUAUUUUCAGUUUGUUUUUCUUACUCUAUUAUUUUUUUUAUGUUUGCCUCUUUUUAAAAUUGUUUGACUCUUGAAAUAGAUAUGCACAUAACAAAAACCCUAGCAAAGCAUCACUUUUAUAUAAUAUACAGCAAACAGAAUUUCUUUUGGCUUGUAGUUUCUGCAACUCCAUUUUUGUUAAAGUACUAGGGACUGAAAUACUCCUACUAACACAACAGUUACUGCUGAAGUUCCUACAGGACAUCCUUAGUUUCCAUGUGACAUUUAUGUUCCGAGGUUUACGACCACAUGAGACUUAUAUCAUGACAUGCAUAUCUGCGCUCCUAAACAAGGCCCGGACAUGUAUAGUUAUUUUCUUACACCCAGUUUAUGUCUAAAAAUCUCUUUAUGAUGACAUUUACAAGCUGAGAGGUCUAACUUCACUUAAAACAAUUACAGUCAUUCAUACUAAUUCUCAUUCGUCUAUAAAUCUAUUAUGGAGAGAUUUUUUUUUCCUGUGCUGUAGCUUUAUAUUGAUAUACUGAUGAGAUCAGUGGUAAUAGAUUUAUUUUUUUUAUUUAAAAAAUAAAUAUUUAUCCUAGCUCAUUGUCAGGCUCUUGUGGACAGAAACCUGCAUCUCAUCUUGGGGAAAAUAGGAUUCAAACUUGCGGCCAAAUAACAUUUAUACUUAUGAUCUGCUCAGCUUUAAUAAUGCUACAGCUAAUUCGGCUAAUUUCUAUGAAAAAGUAAUGGGCCCUCAGUAGAAGCAUUAUUUUUUAUUUUGAGGCUUUUGUGGUACAUUGGACGCAAAAGUUAAUUGUAUCUCGUCUGCCUUUUUUUUACGAACAUUUCACACUUCCCGGUUUGAGCGUUGUCUUUUUGUUUGUGUGAAAGACGGGUUUGUUUAGUCUUAAAAUCCAGUGUAUUUUCCAGCCACUAGACGUUUGUCAUUGCCUAAUUGACACUACUUGCAAAAUUUAAUCUUUUUUAAAAACUGACAAUUGGAGACAGCGUAUCAUGCUGCUUUUCAUGACUUUUGCCUUAGGUUUGUCUGAGCAGAUAUUAAAAAAAACUUUAAGUAAUGAUGGAUCGUAUGUCUGUCAAAUGUGGUCCUUUUUAGAAACACGCCCAGUAAUGAUAAUGCAGAAGUUAGAAAACAUACUCACUUUGCAUGGUUUAUAUUAAUAGCAAAUGGAUGUUAAAACAAGAAGACAUUGCAGAGAGUGCCAACACACAUCUAAGAAUCUGCUUUGUGUUCUUUAUUGAGUAGAAAACCACUCAUGAUUGUUUAUGGAUUUCUAAUUAAAUCAUAAUUUAUUAAACAAUUACAAUGGAUGAACAAAUGGAAUUACCCUCUGAUGAAUGUGUUGGGUUAGUUACAUGUGACAUACUUUAUUAUUGUCAGUGUCAAAUUUUCUUUGUGUCCUACUUGUAAUAUCAUAGUUAUCAAAAAGCUGUUGUUACUAUUCCACACAAUCAAGGGCUGUUGUUGAUUGGUCCGCCGCUGAAUGGAAUCCACUUAUUGUGUUAUUUAUGCAUCGGCCCUACUGACUGAAACCAGGCUGCCUUUCAGAUGACCAGAUAAGUGACCGAGAAGAAGUAUGGAAGCAGGGACAAAUAAGGAAGAGUGAUAUUGAAAGUGUCUAUAUUUGAUCUGAUGGAAAUUGUCCCUUAAUCAGCUUAGAAUUGCACACAAAUUAAGUAGAAAGCAGCCCAGUUUGCUGAGCAUGUUGUACAUUGCAGCGAUAGCCACACAAAGCAGUUUUUAAAGUUACUUGGACGGCAGGCAUAGGGUUUACUUUGGAGACCAUAGACCUGUAAUGCAAAAUACAAAGACAGUUCCUCUGUUGCCUCUUUAAGUCAUACUGUGUUAGUUCAAACCGCCAAUAUGUAUUGCAGGAGUGUGGACAGACCAUUGAAACAACAAAUAACAUUUGUGAUUUGGCUGUGUAUUUUCCAUUUUAGCAAUUCUUGAUUCAAGCACAGAUUUGCAGUUGCAUUCACUGCUUGCUAAAACAAACACUAGCAUUAACACUGAGGACUUUGUCAAGAUACGUUGUACUUUUGACUAUAUGGGCAUAUAAUGCACAGCAUUUCGAAUGAUUACAGUAUAUUUUUCUUGUUGAAGGCACCAUAAGCAUCAGGGAAAUAUGUUACAUUUUAUAUAUUCAACACUGUUGUUGACACCAGUUUCAAGCCAUUAUUAAGUAAAAGAAUUGAGCGCUGUCGCAGGAAUGUUGUCAGUCUUUAGAUUUUCAGAGGUUAAUAAAGGGCCUGCAGCCAUAUGUAAUCAGUUAACUGGGUGAGAAAGUGAAAUGUAUCAUGGGUGUAUUGAAUGAAAUGUGUUACAUUUGUAUCAGUUACCAUUGUUGCUCUAACUUUGAAUGGGAGUCUGUCCUUAGAACUGUGCAAUAACCCAUGCCUGUAAUGGAUUCUAACUGCCAUUCCGAAGCACUGUAUUUAUUUCAUUUUAUUAAAGCAUUUCUUUUUUUUGGAUA